AUGGUGACCUUGACGCAGUCGUUCGUAUACCCAGGCCACACUGGCUACGAUUCCGUGGACGCGAAGUAUGUCUUUCCGAUACCCGUGGGCGGAGCUGUCUGUGCCUUCGAGCUGCACACUUCCGAUGGACAUGUCGUCACGGGCAAAGUGAAGGAGGCUCGCCAGGCAAAACGCGAAUUUCAGGCAGCGAUCGCCGAGAACAAGCUCACCGGAUUACUUGCCAAAGAAGCCUCAGAUGUCUUUGUCAUGCAUGUUGGUUCAAUCAAAACAGGACAAUCCGUCAAAGUCAUAAUCUCGUAUGCUGUAGAGCUAGCUGACGACGAACUGUUGAAUCAAGUACGGUUCUCGUUGCCGACGUAUGUCGGCGAGCGCUACGGGACCCCGCCUUCGGGCUUACCGGUACCAUCCACCGCGAAGUGGGCGAAAUUCUCGGUUCACGUCGACGUUCAGAUGGCGUCUCUGAUUGAGAACGUCGUCUCUCCGUCCCAUCGCAUCAGCGUGGUGUACAACGACAUCGGCCGAACAGGCUGCAGCGUGGAUCUUCAGUCGUCGUUGCCUUCGUUCCUUCACAAAGAAUUCAUCCUGUCUAUACAGGCGCGCAAAGUGGAUGCACCCCGUUGCGUCGCAGAAUUCUUGCCGGAGAGGCAUUCUGUCGCUCUUUCCUUGACGUUGGUCCCUCGCUUCGGUGUCAGACCCAUCAAGAAGCAGGAGUACAUCUUCGUGAUCGAUAGAAGCGGGAGCAUGGAUGGGAGCCGGAAAAUGGACUACGCCAAGGAUGCGUUGUUGCUCAUGCUCAAGUCUCUUCCCUCGGAUAGGACAUUUUUCAACAUCGUGAGCUUUGGAGGCAGACAUUCUUCCCUCUGGAAGAACAGCCAGCCGUAUACGGCUCGUAACCUUGACGAGGCGGUCAUGCAUGUCGACGCCAUGUCUGCCAAUAUGGGAGGCACUGAACUUCUUGCAGCGAUCGAAAGCGUGCUCAGCCCACGUCGCAGUCAGGGUAGCGUAUUUCGGCUGUGGAAGCCUCAGGCAAGACCGAGAUCCGUGUUCGUUAUAACAGAUGGCGAGAUCUGGCAACAUGACCAGUUAUUUCGGACCAUCCGCAGAGCGGUGGCCGCAGCGGGCCCUCCUUCUGGAGGCAAAUACCUGCGCUUCUUCACGCUGGGAGUUGGGCAUGGAGCGUCGACGGCGCUCUGCUCAGGUAUCGCAAGAGCAGGGAAUGGCCUGUGUCUCAUGACGACUCAAAGCGAAGACCUCGCAGGGAAAUGCGCGCGACUCCUCCGAGCAAGCCAGGUGCCACCCUCCGGCAACCUCAGUAAACUCCGGGUAGAUUGGGGCUACGGUGGCUUGGACUCUGGUCCCCGCAGCGGCAGCGAUGAUCCUAAAUUGCUAAAGACCAAGACAAAAGACCCUGCAGCCCCCACCAACAUAUACGACGAGGCUGUAGAGCCACUGCAUCUCGGCGCAGUGACCGCUUUCCAACCCCCUCCCUCAUCGAAUGUCCAACAAGCCCCGUAUGCGGUUCCCGACUUCUAUCCAGGCAACCGCUUCAUUGUCUCAGCCAUACUCUCACAGACGGCACAUAUCCCCAAUCAAGUCGUACUACACGGGGAAACGCCUGAUGGGGAAGCCAUGGCGCUCAAAGUGGACGUUCUGCGCGUGGAGUCCCAGGUCGCAGGACCACCUCUCAUCCAUACCCUCGCAGCACAUCGACUCGUCCAGGAGCUCGAAGAUGGAAACCUUGAGUCCCAGGGCAUUCGCAAGCCUGAUAAGCAGAGGCUAGAGCUCGAUUUUGGGAUCACCAAGGCCGCGGUGAUCCGGUACAGCGAAGAAUUCCAAAUAGCAAGCAAAUUCGCGUCAUUUGUGGCUGUAGAGGGCGAGGAGCCUGUUGAUGAUGACACUUUUGACGAUGAGACCGUCGUCGAUGAACUCGACGAGGAAUGGAGGAAGGAAUUUAUCGACAAACCUUCUACGCUAACAUGUGGCUUGCGCAACAAUGCUGAUUCUGACAUCGGUUGGAGACCCAGAGGACGAAACGAACAUCCCACGUCGACUAGUGAAGCGAUCUCGACCUGGAGACAAGAUGUGACCGACUUCACAGUGUCCCAAGAGGAGUACGGAUCGCCACAAAUGUUCGACCCGAGCUGUUCCGCCACGCCGGGGGAGGUGGCAGCAAACAUGAAUCGUGCCUAUCCGUUUGACGCGUACACUGAGUCGUAUCAAGAGGAGUAUGGUGCAAGAAGCCCGCCAAGGGCCAGAACCACGCAAGGCUUUGGACGUGCUCAAAUGCAAGUCGAAGCUUCGCGGUCUCCGUCACGGUCUGCGGUACCAUACAGCCCCCCGAUGCCUACACCGCAGGUUGACCCUAUAACCGGCAUCGCAAGGCUGCAGAAGUUCGAUGGUUCCUUCGAACUCGAUAACGUGUUAUGCACUACCGUUUGUGCGAGUAAGGCAUCUCUUGAUGACCUGAAGGCGAGCAUUCCCGCCUAUAUUCGGUCUCAAGCCAAAGGACGGCGGUUGUGGGCGACGGCGCUGGCAAUGGCGUACCUCAGAAUGAAGGCCGGGGAUAAGGUAGACAUAUGGGCGGGUCUCUGGCAGAAGGGGAGGGAGUUUAUCGAGCGAUACUUGCGUGGCGGGACUGUCGGUUUCGACCAGCUUGUGGCGGACGCCGGUGAAACGAUCACACGGUUGUGCAACGACCACCCGUAG